AUUGCCAUAAGCUAAUACGGCGACAGGUGCGGCCAUCAUUCAACUGAGUCAUUGUUCACUUACCAAAAAAAAAAAAGUGACGUCAACACACCAGUUGGAAAACAGCUCAAGGCGGAAGCAGACGUGGCAAAAUCCUGCUUCUCUCUCUCUCUCUCUCCAAAUAGGGAGUCCCGCUCUUUCGAAACGCUCUGUUCUCGUCCCACCGUCAUUCUUCCGUCAGGGCGCCGCCUUCCCCAUUCGCCGCUCCUCGGCCGCCGUCAGCUAACCAUUUCCCGCCGUUAGGGUUAGGAUUUUGGGUUUUGGCGAAAUGCUCCUCUCCGGCCUCCUCCUCCCCACUCCUCUCCAGACCUCCAACCCCUCCCGCCCCCCUAUCUCCGCCGCCUCCCUCCGCCUCCGUGCCGCCAUUCUCCGCCGCGCCGCCGGCGGCGGAGCCGCCGCCGUUCCCCGCCUCGCCCUCCGCCGCCGGUUGGGAGUCCGGGCCCUGGACGCCGCCCAGACGUUCGACCACGAGUCCCAGGCCUCCGACCUCCUCGACCGCCGCUCCAAGCUCAAGAUCGCCAUCAUCGGCUUCGGCAACUUUGGCCAGUUCCUCGCCCGUGCCUUCGCCCGCCAGGGCCACACCCUCCUCGCCCACUCCCGUUCCGACCACUCCGACGCCGCCCAGUCCCUCGGCGUCUCCUUCUUCCGCGAUCCCCACGACCUCUGCGAGGAGCACCCUGACGUCGUCCUCCUCGCCACCUCCAUCCUUUCCACCGACGCCGUCCUCCGCUCCCUCCCCAUCCAGCGCCUCCGCCGCAAUACCCUCUUCGUCGACGUUCUCUCCGUCAAAGAAUUUCCCAAGAACCUCUUUCUCCAGCUCCUCCCGCCGGAUUUCGACAUUCUCUGCACUCACCCUAUGUUCGGCCCUGAAAGCGGCAAGGACGGCUGGGCUGGCCUGCCGUUCGUGUACGAGAAAGUCCGGAUUGGCGAUGCUAAUUGCCGUGCCGAGCGCUGCCAGCGAUUCCUUGACAUCUUCGAGCGUGAAGGCUGCCGGAUGGUGGAGAUGUCCUGCACCAACCAUGAUGAGAAUGCUGCUGAAAUACAGUUCUUGACUCACACUGUGGGCAGGAUUCUCGCCAAGCUGGACCUCAAGUCAACACCAAUUAACACUAUGGGCUAUGAGACGCUGCUCGAUCUGGUGGCGAACACUUGUAGUGAUAGUUUUGAGCUGUACAAUGGGUUGUUCAUGUACAACAAGAAUUCCACAGAGCUACUUGAUAGGUUGGAUGUCGCAUUUGAUUCGUUGAAGAAGGAGCUGUUCGGGAAUUUGCAUGAUAUACUCAGGAAGCAGCUGUUUGAGAGCGCUCCGAGUUCUUUAGAAAGGGCUAAUAAUUGAAGUAGAGGCAUAUAUUAUUGGUAUGGUUACAAGUUGUUUUUCUUAAUACCUUAGUGAGAGUUGAGUGUUUUUCUGCGGGAUACUUUAUUAUAUGUUUAGAUAGGUGGUCAUCUUGUAGUUUACCGUGCUAAUAAGAUAGGUUCACGAAGGAGGCACUAUGUAUGUUUCUUGUACUUGUAUGGCAUGAAAAAAUGAAUUCAAUUUUAAUAAUCAAGUCAUUUCUUCUUGAUUAUUUGAA